UCGGAAACACCGAGAGCCUUUCGUUUCAGAGGAGAGAGAAAAAAUCUUAUCUCUCUGUGGUGGUGUGAUGUUGUCAGCCAUGGCAAUGACAGAGCAACGAUCUCUCUCUUUUUCUUCUUCUUCUUCUUCUUCAGUCUAUUACUUCGUAUAGAGUCUCUCUGAAACGAAAGCUUUUUUCUUGUUUGCUCUCUCCAUGGCUUUGCCUUCGUGCUUAAAGACAGGAGUUCCGAUGUCUCCGACCACCGGAUUCAAUAUUUCCGGAAGUCUCUUGAAGUCUGACAGUGGCUUCGCCGUUCCGACAAAGUUACAGAGCUUUCGAAAAAGUGAUCGAGAGAGAUUGAGAAUCCAAGCCGUUUUCAGCUUUCCUCCGGCGUUUCUGACCAGAAACGGUCGAGCCGAGAAGCAGAAACAGCUGAAGCAGGACCUUCUCGAAGCUAUUGAGCCUCUCGAACGUGGCGCCACCGCCUCGCCUGAUGACCAGCUUCGGAUUGAUCAGUUGGCUCGUAAAGUGGAAGCAGUUAAUCCAACCAAGGAGCCUUUAAAAUCUGAUUUAGUGAAUGGAAAAUGGGAGCUUAUUUACACAACCUCUGCUUCGAUUUUGCAGGCAAAGAAACCGAGGUUCUUAAGAUCAAUAACAAACUACCAAUCUAUAAAUGUGGAUACAUUAAAGGUUCAAAACAUGGAGACUUGGCCUUUCUACAACUCGGUAACUGGAGACUUGACACCCCUCAAUUCGAAGAAGGUCGCUGUGAAACUUCAAGUGUUCAAAAUUCUCGGCUUUAUUCCUGUAAAAGCACCUGAUAGCGCCCGUGGUGAACUUGAGAUUACCUAUGUGGACGAGGAACUACGGUUAUCAAGGGGUGACAAAGGGAACUUGUUUAUAUUGAAGAUGUUCGAUCCCACUUAUCGAAUCCCUCUCUGAUCUCAGUUUAACUAUAAACGGAAAAAAUGGUUCUGAGCCAUCAUACAUACAUACCUUAUCGCUUGUUUUGUCUCUCUUCAUCAAUGUAUAGAUGAAUGUUUCUACAAACAUAAAGUCUAAUAACAGAGGGACAAAAAAGAAGAGACGAGCUCUUGUCACAGUUUCAACUUGUUCUGAUGGAAAUCGCAAUAUGAUAUUCAGAUGAAAA